UGUGUUUGAACAACCUUUGACCUGAGCGGGAUUCUUCAGGACCUUCAAAGUUGUUUGUGUUUUCCUCCUAAAAUUUCACAUUUUCCCGAUCCAGGUGACCAUUCCUGCUUGUGAAAGAUGAGUUCCAGUCGUGCAGGUAGUAGGACAAACAUGAACAAGAGACCGCCCUCCAGCAAGGACAACAACUCAAGGCCUGGGACAGCAAAGAAGUCGUCUAGUGACCUUUUGAGUAAGGAGGAGGAGUACCUGCGUCUGAACGCUGAGCUGGAAGCGAGGACAGCCACGCUGGUACAGGAGGCAGAGGAGGUGCUGAGGGGACAGGACAGCCUGCUGUCCAGGGUCUCCACUAUAGACCUGGACGACGACCUAGAAAACUAUGGGAGAGAAACAUCCCCAGAUCCUGUACAUAUGAGCAUAGAGCCCCAGGAGGAGCCAGUAGUCAGACCUAAAGUCAGACCAACAUCCAACCUUGCCAAACAGAGGAACAAGUCCAGAGCCUCCAGACCCAGGUCCAAGGCAGAGCUGGCAGCUGAAGAUGUAGCCGUGCCUGACGAGGUGUCAGACUUCUCCCUGACAGAAACCAUCACUAAACUGGAGGGUGAGGUGGAGUCAGGGAGAACCCUGGCUGACAUGGACGAUGUUCUACCUUCAGCUGCACAGGAGAUGGGGGCAGAGGCCCAGAUCAGGUUCCUGAAAGCCAAGCUGCGUGUGAUGCAGGAGGAGGUGGACAGACUGGGACAUGAAUGUACCAAGAGAGGAGACGAAAACUCUACACUAGUCACAAGAAUCAAAGACCUUGAGGAGGAGCGAGGGCGUCUGACCAGGACCACACAGACCCAGCAGUCUCAGAUGGAGAAGUUCAAGAAGCUGUCUGAAGACGCCAAGAAGAAGUCGGAUGGUCUGGAGCAGCAGCUGGCUGCACUCAGGAAGGAACUGGAGACGCUGAAACGUCAGCAGAAGCAGGCCGACACCAACCACAGUGCUACAGAAGUGCGGUUAAACAGGGCUCUGGAGGAGGCUGAGAAAUACAAGCUGCAGCUACAGAAAGCCAAGUCAUCAUCAAAGGACGUGACAGAGCAGGAACGGAGGAGAGUAGAGCAGCUGCAGGCAGAGAACAAACGUCUGGAGAAACAGAAGAACGAACUCAUGGCAGGAUUAAAAAAACAACUCAAGCUCAUCGACAUACUCAAGCGACAAAAGAUGCAUGUGGAAGCUGCCAAGAUGCUGAGCUUCACAGAAGAAGAGUUCGUCAAGGCUCUAGAAUGGGGCAACUAGAUUUGUCAGAAGCAUAUCUGUUGUCAAGUCUAUACUGUAUAUUAGAAUGAUUUGAGAAAGUUGUAAAUGGUAAAUGAGUUUGGUGGGGUCAAUUUUAGUUUGUUUGUAAGAUUGCACAGAACUGAGACAUUCCAACGAUUGGCUUUGAAUAAAGAAGUUAUCAGUUUUUUGAGUGAUGUCGGCUGUUGACCACUUUGACCAAUGAACAGUUUGUGUCUCCAUAUUUGUGACACUAAAUGCUGUAGCAUGGUGAUAACAAAGAGUUAACAGUUGAAACAGUUAAAAUCCACAUGACAUUUUUCAGGAACUUGGCACCAACAACAUAAAAAAACAAGGAAAAGGAAUUAUAGAAAUACCUAUCAUUUAUUGCUUACAAAAUUGUGACAUUCACAAACAUUCAUAUCUAAACACUAACAUCAAUGAGUAAUGGAAAUCUAAAACAAGUUAAGACAUCCAGAAUCAUAUUAUUUAUUCU